GAUUAUGGGCAGCCCUGCGGGAAAUUGCGCCUGCGYGGUGGCCUUUCCGCUCUGGAGGUCUAGCUGAGGAAGAGGCUGGUGGGCGUCCGCCGCCACGAUGACCCAGGCUGAGAAGGGGGACGCAGAAAACGGGAAGGAGAAGGGCGGGGAGAAGGAGAAGGAGCAGCGCGGCGUGAAGCGGCCCAUCGUGCCAGCGCUGGUGCCGGAAUCGCUGCAGGAGCAAAUCCAGAGCAACUUCAUUGUUGUAAUACAUCCAGGUUCAACAACUUUGAGAAUUGGUCGAGCCACAGACACACUCCCUGCCAGCAUUCCUCAUGUCAUUGCAAGAAGACACAAACAACAAGGGCAGCCCCUAUACAAGGACAACUGGCUCUUAAGGGAAGGACUAAAUAAACCUGAAAGUAAUGAACAAAGACAAAAUGGCCUUAAAAUGGUGGAUCAAGCAAUAUGGUCUAAAAAAAUGUCAAAUGGCACAAGACGAAUUCCUGUGUCUCCUGAACAGGCACGUUCUUACAACAAACAAAUGCGGCCUGCAAUUUUAGAUCACUGUUCUGGAAAUAAGUGGACAAACACGUCUCAUCACCCUGAGUAUUUGGUAGGAGAAGAGGCCUUGUAUGUUAAUCCAUUGGAUUGUUACAAUAUCCAUUGGCCUAUCAGAAGAGGCCAGUUAAAUAUUCAUCCGGGACCUGGGGGCUCCCUUACAGCUGUUCUAGCAGAUAUUGAAGUAAUAUGGUCUCAUGCAAUACAAAAGUAUUUGGAAAUCCCACUGAAAGACUUAAAGUAUUAUAGAUGUAUCCUAUUAAUUCCUGAUAUCUAUAAUAAACAGCAUGUGAAAGAACUAGUGAAUAUGAUACUGAUGAAGAUGGGUUUUUCAGGGAUUGUAGUCCAUCAGGAGUCUGUCUGUGCUACCUUUGGAAGUGGCUUAAGCAGCACAUGUAUUGUAGAUGUUGGGGACCAGAAGACAAGCGUGUGCUGUGUGGAGGAUGGGGUGUCUCAUCGGAACACGCGGCUUUGUCUGGCCUAUGGAGGAUCUGACGUGUCAAGAUGUUUUUAUUGGCUCAUGCAGCGAGCUGGAUUCCCUUACAGAGAAUGCCAGUUAACAAAUAAAAUGGAUUGCCUUCUUCUGCAGCACCUUAAAGAAACUUUUUGUCAUUUAGACCAGGACAUCUCUGGGCUUCAGGACCAUGAGUUUCAGAUUCGCCAUCCAGAUUCUCCUGCCUUGCUUUACCAGUUUCGGUUAGGAGAUGAAAAACUCCAGGCUCCAAUGGCUUUGUUUUACCCCGCAACUUUUGGAAUUGUUGGACAGAAAAUGACAACUUUGCAGCACAGAUCCCAGGGUGAUCCUGAGGAUCCUCAUGAUGAGCAUUAUCUACUGGCUACACAGAGCAAGCAAGAACAGUCUGCAAAAGCUACUGCUGACCGAAAAUCAGCAUCCAAACCCAUUGGAUUUGAAGGAGAUCUUCGUGGCCAGUCCUCUGAUCUUCCAGAAAGACUCCAUUCUCAGGAGGUGGAUUUAGGAUCCUCUCAGGGAGACUGCCUGAUGGCUGGCAAUGACUCCGAGGAGGCCCUCACUGCACUGAUGUCCAGGAAAACUGCCAUCUCACUGUUUGAAGGGAAAGCCCUGGGCCUUGACAAAGCCAUCCUGCAUAGCAUAGACUGCUGUUCAUCUGAUGAUACCAAAAAGAAGAUGUACAGCUCCAUCCUGGUAGUGGGAGGUGGUUUGAUGUUUCAUAAAGCUCAAGAAUUUCUACAGCACAGAAUUCUCAACAAAAUGCCACCUUCGUUCAGGCGAAUUAUUGAGAAUGUGGAUGUAAUUACAAGGCCUAAGGACAUGGAUCCUCGGCUGAUUGCAUGGAAAGGAGGGGCAGUGUUGGCAUGUUUGGAUACAACUCAGGAACUGUGGAUUUAUCAGCGAGAAUGGCAGCGUUUUGGUGUCCGCAUGUUACGAGAGCGAGCUGCUUUCGUGUGGUGAAAUGGGGAGGAAAAGUAGCUGUUGAAGACCAAAACAAGUCUCUUGGUAUAAAGAAUAUGUAUGUAUGUAUUUUAAUUUAUUGACCUAGAUGCUUAAUUUUCAAGGAAAAGAAAUAAAUUUCAGUUUUAUGUUCAUGAUGACAUUGGUUUGAAAUUAUAAUCUUUUGUAGACAGGUCAUUUAAGAAUAAAUAUGAACUCUUUAAUUGUAGCUCUCUGCCCCUUUCUCAGGGCUUCGCAGUGAUAUAAAAUGUUGCUGUUGAACUUUCUUUUAYGGGGCGAAUAACUUUUUGUUGACCUCUGAGCAUUGUCAGCCAUACCGAUGUGACUUGUGAGAAGGGCCCAUUUGUGCCAUUUCCCUCUUAUCUAGCAUAGUAUAGGUGUCUUGGGUUCUGUGCACAUGACUCAUGUAUUCUUGGAAUUCUAAAUACAAAAAAAGUAGUUUUGGGGGUUUUUUCAAUUUUCUGYGGGAUUACAAAAAAAUGAUAGGAACCCAUUCAGUUCUAGAUUUCUAGAGACAACGAUUUAAGGCUUUACUGGCUAGAUGUUGUCAUCAGACAUGCUGUAGGGUGGGUUAAAGAAAACUGUUAUAAGAGCAAGACAACAGCUAAAAGGGACAUCUUUCCUUCUUAAAGCUAUAUAGAARUGAUUUGGAUAAAAUUUAGAGUUGUUAGCUUGUGCUGUAUAAUAUGGUAACUGUCAAGCCCCCAGUUUUCCUUUAUUUGAAGAACCAGGUGCAAGCUUUUGGAGAUUUCUAUGUUCAGUAUGACCAGUUGCCCUUAACCUGUGAGCACUCUGGAGCAAAAUUAAAAUAAUAUAGUCAUUAGCCCUAGUGGUCCAGGCCCUGAGUAUGACUUCUUUGAGAAGGUGUCUCAGUGGAGACAGGAGCCAGUAGUACCUGGAACUCAAGAGACCUGGCAGGAGGGAGAGAAUGCCUAACCCCAGCUGUUAGGUGCCUGUUCUUGUCACCACUAUGACCAGGACUGCAGAUGUGGGGAGAGACAAAAUCAGGGAAAGGUAAGAGAUGGAGGUAAGGAUGUAAUAUAGAAAGAAGUCUAAGGCAGGAAGAAAUGUGGUACUGAGGCAUUUUGCACAGAUAAGCAUAACCUGUGUAACUCCAUCAGUAGAUUAGGAAUAGAAGAGUCCACAAAUACAUCAAAAUAAUUUUAACUUGCUAAUACUAUUUGGGAUGUAUGAUUUCAACUUGAAAAUUAUCUUUUACAAAUUUAUACAAUAUUGAUUUUAUGUUUCUGGGUUGUUUCAACACAAUUUAGUAUCAACUGCCUAUUUCAGAAGUAUAUAGUUGUUUCUAAUAGUUCUUCACAUAACAGCAUAUCUCUUUUAUAAUGGGUAUAUGCUGAUUUAGAGGAAGUUGAUUACUAGUCCAAGUUUUGAUGUGAGCCAUAUCCAUCUCCUCUUACCAGCACUUUGAUAGGCAUUGUGAAAACUGUCAUGACAAAUAAAUGAGCC